UGUGACGCAGCUGCGCAACCUGGCGAUGGGGCAGUUCUCCGGUCAGACAAAGGUUUGCCAGGGGCGGGCGUGGUUAUGGACCUUAUGGUCAAGCUUUUUUGCCAAUAAUGUGAAAAGCUUGGGAGUCUUGUUGAUCGGAUCGACAAUCGGGCUCCAGUUUCUCCCCAUUUGUCUGCAGCCGCCGUUAGUAACUUCGGGGGGAUCAGAACGCAGGAAAUAAUAUAAUUGCUAUAGAAAAGAACGCGGUGAAAUUAAUCAAUGGAAAUAUUGGAAUACGAAUACAGCCAUCCUUCUGUUUCCUUCUCGCCAUUGGGGGCAAAUUAACAAGAUUUAAAAAGGAGCAGGGGGAUAUUAAUCAUUGAGCGGCGAGGACACAACCUCUCCCCCCCUCCCCCCAACAACCCUGUGCUCGCUUGGUGGGACCUCUGCUUCGCCAGCUUUAACUGGUGGCUCUUUCACCCCAGGCAAGUAACGACUCUGGGCCUAGGCGAUGGUCAGGAAGAAGCACAAUCCCAACCCACAACUGGCUACUGGGACAUGGUUGGGACUAAAAAUAACCGAACGAGGUAUCUGAUUUGGUGUUGCUCGAGGGGGAGCAAUGAAAACAAUCAAAUUAUCAUAUCAACCCCAAGGAGCGUUUGAACUCGGAACAAUGGUGGGUGGGCAAUCUUUUUGUCAACAAAAGCAUCGAUUCGUGGAGCAUCCAGUUAAGCUUCAGCGCCGAUGUCGGGCGAGAGAACGCCAUGGCUUGGCGAUAACAAGCAUUUCCUCUCACGGUCAAGACGCUAGUUGAUUUUAAUUAAGAUUUUUGCGUGCUUCUCCGUCCUCCUCCUCGGAUGGUUGUGCAGAUGGUCCUCAUUCCAUCCCUGGUUCGUCGCGGUGAUUUUUUUACCCCUGGAAACAACCAAAGUGGUUGUCGUGCUUGAAAUCGACGCCCUGUUUUAUUUUUCGUUUCCUAAGCAAGAUAUCAACUCUGCUUCCUGUUCUUAGUUGAAAAGGCGCAUCGAUGAAGGGUCAAGACCUCUAAAACCAAGCGGGCUCACAAUACAUUAUUGAUUGCCUCUGCCAUACCAUUUUAAAUCCAAGUCCACUAGUCGGGUACACACGCAUAGGCUUGUUCUCUACCGGGCAAGAUAUAAGCACAGAAUCAUAACCAACAUCUCGGCCAUGAAGCUCACUACCGCAGCUUGCAUGAUUGAGCAAUCGUCCAAUCGAAAUCAUAAUCAAGCGAGCCAGCUGACUGGUCUAUUCCAGCUAUCCCAGCCAAACAAGUAAAAACCCCUACUACCGGGUGCUAAGAAGCUCGCACCUAUUAUUAAAGUGGUUCACAUACGCCGUAAAGAGCGCGCAAUAAUGGCUAAAGGAUACUAUCCCUACUACAUGUACGGUACAUACGUAGUUACAUCCAAAUCAGGGUGGUGGGGGCUAACGAAUUUGUCACGUGAUUUGUAUAUAUAUGAGUCCUUCCGAGCUUAUUCUUCACUCCUCCAGCCAACACUGUUGAUAGUUCGCCAAAAGCCCAGCAGACGUCUGUAAUCCAAGAUAAAAUGACAUCUAACAUCGAAGCCGGCGCACAAAUAUCUCAAUCGCCUGCGUCAAAUAUUGCCGCUGCCCUUCAGGAUGGGAAGACGCACCUGCUCUUGGCCGCAAGCGGCUCCGUUGCCACCAUCAAAUUACCGCAGAUUAUCGCCGCGUUGAGCAACUACCCUAACCUCUCGAUCCGUGUCAUCCUUACAAAGUCCGCAAGCCACUUCCUCGAUGGGCAGUCUGCUGAACAGCCUACGGUAUCAUCUCUAGCCCUGCUCCCGAACGUCGAUUCGGUCCACCAAGAUGAGGACGAGUGGGUAGAGCCGUGGACGCGGAAUGCAAAUAUACUUCAUAUAGAGCUACGCCGUUGGGCGCACCUAUUGGCAAUUGUUCCUAUGUCUGCCAAUCUGUUGGCCAAGGUGACAGGGGGACUCUGUGACGACCUCCUGACAAACGUCAUUCGUGCUUGGGACAUAGACCCUCUAAAUCCGACGAAGCGGCUAAUUAUUGUUGCGCCAUCAAUGAAUACCAUGAUGUGGACCCAUCCGUUGACUGCGAAGCAAUUAGCCAUACUCAACGAUGAGUGGAAAUGGUUUGAAGUGCUUCCACCUCAGUCAAAAACUUUGGCAUGUGGUGAUACUGGGCAGGGAGCCAUGUGCGAUUGGAAAGAGAUCGUCGGUGUGAUUGAGAAACGACUUGCCGCCAUAGAUACUAGCUUGUGAAUCUAACCCCAGACGGAAACAUUUCAAAUAUGCACCCUGCCAUUAUUUUGACACUUCGCUUUCUCACGUUGAUUAUCGGCGCAAUGCAAUGGUUUGAACGCCUUAUCCAUAGGCUUACUUUCACUUUCGUAUAAAGGGCCAGUUUAUCUUCCGCAUAUCCUUAAGAACUAUAGCUUCAGCACUCACCACGGCCGAUGUCACACUUCUGAUUUUUAAACCCCAAAAACUCAGUUCCAUAGCGGCCCUUGCGUUCUUAAAUCAAAGAUGUACUGUUGCGCGAUAUCUCCACUACUUGUGGAGGCAUUGACAGACCUGAAUCUAGUAAGGGGAGGCCUCUACUCAUGACGCAUUCAUGGUUAUUUGUCGGUUGGUGGAUACGAGUACGGCAAAACAAUCCGGGAUAAAGAGCGCUUUCAUGCCGGAUGUACCGUCAACAAAAAUCAUGCUUACCCAUUGUGCGACACACACAUUCGUCCACCCCUACAAAAGGAAGAAAAAAAAAUCACUAUUGCCUGAAAUUUUAUUAUAAUGACUCAAGUACGUAACCUCGUUCGCCUGUCGUGCACCAUGGUUGGAUGUUUCUACUCCGUACAGUGUUUGAAGGUUCCAUACCUCCUGGCUCCAGUCAAACUAAACGAACACUCUUAAAAUCUCGUAACAAGAGGACGUCUGUCACAUACGAACAUAGGGAGUGGAAAAUAGGGCUUCCCUUCCGCUCAGCCGUACUCAAGCCACUAUACAACAUGCCCAACCGCAUGUCGAGCCUCCGAGUUGUUGCCGUUUCAAGAGUGAUGGUCGCGCGACGCGAGGGUGAGUGCGGGUGAGUAUAGUAUGGGUGUGCUGGGUGAAGACAUGGGUGAGAUUGAACGACACUGUGUGAUUGCAGGUAGGCUAGGAGGAAUUUCCUGCCCUACCUCAAGAACUACUUAACUUAGACUGGACGGUCUGUAAAAUCGAGAUUAGUUUUUCUUUUCUUGGAGGAUAACGUUAUUGUGUGUUUGUAAUCUAUCUACACGAGUUACACUAAGGGCCUGUUCGGUGACCCCGUCCAGGGCUGUAUAAGUCCGUACAGUGCCAGCUUGUAUGGCCCUGGACGGGGUUAUACACGCUAACCUAGCCGGAUAAGGCCUUCUGUUCAGUAGAUUCUGUGUAUAACUCCAUACAACUCGCCAAGCACGCCAAGCUGGCAGUCAGAUUCAUAUUAUAGAGUUCAACAGUGUGUUUAGUUGAAAAAGUGGUAGAUUUAAACCUGUUAAAUGU